CCCAACUAGUUUGUAGUAUCAUAUAUAGCCCUUCAGCUUUCUUAAAUUCAUCAUGUCUACUUCAGAUCAGACAAACGGAGUAGAAAAGAGGGCAUACGUGACCUUCUUGGCGGGCAACGGGGACUAUUGGAAAGGGGUGGUUGGUCUCGCCAAGGGACUCAGGAAGGCAAACUCUGCCUACCCACUUGUGGUGGCUGUGUUGCCGGAUGUUCCUGAAGAGCACCUUCAGAUUCUGGUGUCUCAGGGAUGCAUUGUGCGCCCCAUUGAGCCGGUCUACCCUCCUGAGAAUCAGACUCAGUUUGCCAUGGCUUACUAUGUCAUCAACUACUCGAAGCUCCGUAUUUGGGAGUUUGUGGAGUAUGAGAAGCUGAUAUACCUGGACGGCGAUAUACAAGUGUUUGAUAACAUUGAUCACCUGUUUGACAUGCCCAACGGCUCCUUCUAUGCCGUGAUGGAUUGCUUCUGUGAAAACACUUGGAGUCACUCUCCUCAGUUUAAGAUUGGAUACUGCCAGCAGUGCCCUGAAAAGGUGCAGUGGCCAGCAGACAUGGGCUCGCCCCCACCGCCUUACUUCAAUGCCGGCAUGUUUGUCUACGAGCCUGGUCUUCCAACUUACCAUGAUCUGUUAGAGACCGUCAAAGCCACCCCUCCAACCUCAUUCGCUGAGCAGGACUUUUUGAACAUGUAUUUCAAGGACAUAUACCAGCCUAUCCCUCCAGUGUACAACCUUGUCUUGGCAAUGCUGUGGCGCCACCCUGAAAAUGUCGACCUUGAUAGGGUGAAGGUUGUUCAUUAUUGUGCUGCGGGUUCAAAGCCGUGGAGGUACACUGGUAAGGAAGAGCAUAUGGAGAGGGAAGACAUAAAGAUGCUGGUGAAGAAAUGGUGGGACAUUUUCGAUGAUCCUUCAUUGGAUUACAAUUACAAUGACGAUGUUAUUGUGAAGGAGACCGAGAAUGACCGUACUGUAAAGCUUGGACCUUUCAUUGCUGCAUUGGCAGAUGCUGGUGUUGAUCACCACAUAACUGCCCCAUCUGCAGCUUGAAAUGCUGCUCCUCAUAUAGUAACCUUGUGGUUGUGAGAGCUCUAUAGCUAGAUACCCAUAUUUAUAAUCAUAUAAACGUAACUAUAUAUAUAUAUAUGACCUGCAAUACACCCUUAUGAUCAUAUAUACAACAAAUUACAUAUGCAGUUUGUGUAGGAAACUGCACUGCUACUGUCUUUUGUAUAAGUCGUGGGGUAUGGUGAAUGAGUUU